CUUCCUUGCACAUUAUUUAAAAUAUCUGACUUGUACAGGCUUGAGAGACUAGUGAUCACGUGAACACAACGAGUUUGGUGAUUGGUCCCAAGCGCCUGUGCUUGCCUGCUGAAGAAGAUGAUGGUGAUGAUGAUGAUGAUGAUGAUGAUGAAGAACCCUUUUGGCAAGUGUACGCGGCCGACCACACUGUUGAGUUCACACGAGAAACCACCACGCGCGUGCCCGCCCCCGUGGGAAUAAUUAAAGGUUUCUUAUAUAAAAAAAGAAAAAUGUCAUGCAGCCGGGUGACAGACAUCAAUAGUUGGCCUGCUAGCCAAGCAGUGAAUGGCCAUACGCGAACAGCGGACGGGGACAGUCGUCAAGCGGCGGCGGUGGGCAUCGUGUGACUGGAAAAGAAACCAAACACCGACGACAGACAACCGGAGUACCGGAGCCUCUCGGACAUCUCGGCUGUCACCGACGGUCGGCAAAUAUCUGGGGGCAUUUUCAAGCCUUCACCAACCGCAGUGAAAAUAUCCAGCAGACGGACUUGUGUUUUUUUAAUAGCCGUUUUCCCUAAAAUUUUUGUGUAAAUACCAAGAUGUUUGAACAUAGGAAUACUUAACGUUUUUUUUUUUUUUUUUUGUGUUGAGUCCUAUUUUCCCUGAAAGAAAUUCAUCGCGCCUCCACACGAGACACGAUAUUGCACCAGGGCUUUAGUUGGAGACUUUUGCUGGAAGGAAGACUGCACUCCUCCCAUCAGACGUGUGGAAAUACGAAUGUGUAAAUAAGGCCUCAAAGGCGUGAGCUUUACUUGGCUUAAUGGUGGCCUCGAGUGGAUUGUGAAGAAAAUGUUGAGGAUGCUGCACAGGAAAGCGAGGACAUAAACUAUUCUCCUGUGAUUUCACUGCUGAAGAAAUGAAUGAGGGAAGAAGCAGAGUGGCUGAAGGUCACUAGGUUGAGUCACGGGUGACGAAAGUCUGGAGGACCUGGAAAGCUGAAAGGCAGAGACGGGGACUGUCAGAAGAGAAAAGCGGAGAAGGAGGUAUUGUCAGACUGGGAACUCCAAUCUCCAUGGCUACUGACCCAGGAGAGCCCACAGGCACAGAGGACUCCUCGGAGAAACCUGAUGGGCAGAGAGAGACGGACCUCGACAAAGAGGGUGAUGCCAACACGCAGACAGAGAGGACAUGCAGGACCCCCUCCAAUCUCCUCCAAUCUCAGGCUUGCGGAAGGAGAGGGACAGGAGAAGAGUUUAGAGGAGCAGGAGAAGCUCCUAAAGAGAAUGCUGUGGCCUUAGUCACACCUCAGAUAUUCUUCUCAACACCGGCUUUGCCAGUUGACACAGGACAGAAAUGUCAGCGGCGGGAGAAGCGCUUCUUCAGGAAAAGUGUCGAGGUUUGUGAGGAGGAAGAUGAUGUAGUUCUCCCAGAAGCGCCACACAGUGCCCCCCACCUGGAGCUGCGAUCUUUUGACCCAGUCUUCACCAGCAAUGUCACGCAGCAAGGAACUGUAUCCUGCACUGCCCUGCGCCAGGACCCAUCAGAGCCCAGUGAACAAGAGGUGAAGGAUGGGCCACCUUCUUCACCCACUCAAAAGGGAAAAGAGAGGGAACGUGAACAGGAGGAGGAGGCAGAGAUGAAAGCUGUAGCCACUUCUCCUGGGGGCAGGUUCCUUAAAUUUGACAUUGAACUGGGCAGAGGAGCGUUCAAGACUGUUUACAAAGGCCUGGACACCGAGACCUGGGUGGAGGUGGCUUGGUGUGAACUUCAGGACCGCAAGCUGACCAAGGCGGAGCAACAGCGCUUCAAGGAAGAGGCGGAAAUGUUAAAGGGGCUCCAGCAUCCCAACAUUGUGCGCUUCUACGACUCAUGGGAAUCUGUUCUGCGUGGCAAGAAGUGCAUCGUCCUCGUUACUGAACUCAUGACGUCGGGAACGCUCAAAACAUACUUGAAGCGUUUUAAGGUGAUGAAGCCCAAGGUUCUGAGGAGCUGGUGUCGUCAAAUCCUGAAGGGCCUUCAUUUCCUGCAUACCAGGACUCCUCCCAUCGUGCACAGGGAUCUCAAAUGUGACAACAUCUUUAUCACGGGCCCCACCGGAUCUGUAAAAAUAGGUGAUCUGGGACUGGCCACCCUCAUGAGGACCUCUUUUGCCAAAAGCGUCAUAGGAACCCCGGAAUUCAUGGCUCCAGAAAUGUAUGAGGAGCAUUAUGAUGAGUCUGUAGAUGUUUACGCCUUUGGAAUGUGCAUGCUUGAGAUGGCGACUUCUGAAUACCCCUACUCCGAGUGCCAAAACGCCGCUCAGAUUUACCGCAAAGUCACAAGUGGGAUAAAACCAGCCAGCUUUGAUAAAGUAAAUGACCCCGAGAUUAAAGAAAUCAUUGAAGGGUGUAUUCGUCAGAACAAGAGCCAGAGGCUCUCCAUCCGAGACCUCCUGAAUCACGCUUUCUUUGGCGAAGACACUGGGGUCCGCGUUGAGUUGGCAGAGGAAGACACUGGCACGCAGGACUGUUUGGCCCUGAGGAUUUGGGUUGAGGAGCCCAAAAAAAUGAAGGGCAAACACAAAGAUAACGAGGCUAUCGAGUUUAGUUACGACCUGGAAAAUGACAGCGCUGAGGAAGUGGCUCUCGAAAUGGUGAAGUCAGGCUUCUUCCAUGAGAGUGACGCCAAGGUGGUGGGAAAAUCCAUUCGGGACAGAGUCAACCAAAUCAAGAAGUCACGGGAGCGACGACAGCAGCAGCAACAACUACUCCAGCAACAGCAGCAGGGAUUUGAAGAGAGACGGGACUCCACUAUAACUUCUUGUACAGUCUCUCGUCUCUCGAGCCCAUCGUUACUGGGGGGUGCGGCAACUGGAGGUGGUGGGCAGGAGGCUGACAAUCUCCCUGAAGUGGACCCACAUGUUGUCAGGGGGGCGACACUAUGCCUCCCAGGGGAAAGUCUUGGGUCUGCCAGCUGUGAAUCGUGCGCUAGCGGGCAGAGCCAGUCAUACUCUCAACCUGCGGAAUCGUUUGCUCUCUCACAGACUUCUCAGCCCAUCUCUCGCACUGCCGUACUGACUAAUCCUCCGAGGCUCCCAGUUGUUGAGAGUGGAACUGUUGGUCAGAGUGCCAGUUUGUCCAGCAUGAGUCAAAGCAGAGGCCCACCUGUUGGUCAGACAUUUCUUCAGCCCAGCGCCAUGGUUCAACAGGUAUCGUCAAGUAUACCUCAGCAGUAUUAUCAGUCACAAACAUUCCCAUCAGAUGCAUUUCAAACUGCUGCGCCGCAAGCGUCUCUGGCUCCCUCUCAAUCAUACAUCACUGCUGUUUCCCCACAAGUUCUCACUUCAUCCAUGUCAGUUGGUGAGCCUGCUGGACUGGUGGUGACUAUUCUUCCCCUCGCUCAGCAGUCCCAAGCCCCUCCUAAUCAGCUCAUUGACAUCAUUCAGCAGCCAGUGCCCCAACAAACGCAACCUCUGCAGACUAUCGUUCAACCACAGAAAGGGCAAAGUGGCCAUACCCCAGCCCUUCAGCAACAGCAAAUAGAGAGCCAGGGCAUUCUGCCAGAAACACUCCUCAGUACCACUCAGCCUCAACGGAACCUUCCAACUAUAGUGGGCCGGAACCUUAAUGAGCCUCAGCAGCAGAUCUGUCUACAGCAGACCCUUCCACUAAAUCCACUGAACCAAGCAGCAGAAAAAGGUUUGGAGCAGCAAGCUUUGUCAUUGCCACCACAUGGAGAAUUUUCUCAAACUGUAAGGUGUCCUUGUGAGCAAAUCACCAUGCAACCACAGCAAGUUUUACACGCUGACCAACAUCAAACCUAUAUCCCGCUCGAACCGCAACAAGUGCAACUAAAGCAUCAGCAACCAGAGCAGCAGCACACUGUAGUACAGAAGCACUUAUUAAAUCAGCAAACAGCUCUUCUACAACAGCAGCAUCAAGACAAGCCACAACAACAAAAUUUAGAGCAACAGAAACAGUUGUAUCAACAAGUGGAAAAUCCCCAGGCAACAGUACAUGAAGAUCCACUGAGGCAACAGCAAGCAGAGCAUCAGCAGCCACAGCUGACUCAACAACAAGCACUAUUACAACAGCAUUUCCAGCAACAGCUUGCCUUACAACAGCAGCAACAAGCUGUUUUGCAACAGCAGCCGCAACAAGAAGUCAUCCCUCAACAUCAAAAAGAGAGAUUACAACAACAUGUUGUAUUACAACAACAAUUUCAAGAGCAUCAACAGCGCCAAGCUACCAUUGUUCAACUUCAGCAAACAGAAAAGCAAGAGGCUGUUGCUUCUCUGCCAAGGGGCAGUCAGCAGCAUAUAGAACAGAAACAAUCUGAAAUGCAUCAGGCAUACGCCCCUCAGCUAAACAGCGCUCAAUUCAUAGCUCACAACCCCCUCACAGGUCAACAAGCUGCACUGAUCCUGCAGCAGCAAGCCCAUUCUAAUCCAACACCACCGCAAGAAGUGAUUCAGUACCACUCUCAAAUUGGACCCUCUGUCCCGGCUCCCAUGAUCAUGCAGCCUGUCAUGACGUCAGGGGUUGUCUCUGCUCAAGCUCCCUCGCAGCAAGGACAAAGUGAAGUUCCUACCCAAAGCCUAAGCCAUAUUCCUGUCCAAUAUAUAAAUCAGUCUACAGUGCAAGCAGCUCAAAUGAUGAUUGAGCCCCAUGUGGUUCCUGCGGUUGGAACUACCCAAGAAGCGACAGAAAUUGUCAUCCAUGCCCAGAACCAAGUGUCUGCCCAGCCAGUAAUUCUGCCUCAGCCUCUGCAGUCAUCAGGUUGUCUGUCCCAACCUCUGCUUAGCAAGAACACAUCUGCCAACGUUCAGAUCAUGGGCCAACAAAGACAACCUACUGUCCAACAUCCUGUAACAAUUUCCGGUCAGGAACCACAUGAGACUCUUUUUCCUCAUAAUGUUCACAUGUCAGGCAUGCUGCUACCUCAACUUCAACUACAAACUCAAAAUCAGACUAUUCUCCAGACCCCAAGUCACUGCGCGGUAAGCCAUUUGACUGCUCAGUCCAGUCCUCAGACAAGCUAUCAGUCACCGCUAUUUCGACACGAUGUAACAAAUACUCCACAGCAAUAUCAGCAGGCCAACACCACCAAUCUCCCUUCUCUGAUAGAUCCUGCUUGCGUUGUUACCACUGCUGUCAAUAUUCCAGUAGUCUUGGCCCAGCAAAAACAGCCGUUAGGAAGCACAGAAAACUCCUCUGUAAUUCAGCCCAUCUCCCAGCCACAGCUGCAGAUGCUUUCUCAGGCUCAGCAACUGCCACCUUCCCAAAUCCAGUUGCCAGUCAAGCCUAUCCAAUGUCCUCUCAGUUCUCAGAUAGGCAGAGAUGAGGCCAAGCUGUCAGCACAACGACCUCAGCCUGCCAUGCAUCCAGACACACAGCUUGCCCCCAGGAAUGAGGCCAAUCAUCAUUCCCAGAGCACCAAUCUUUCCUCCUUGUGCAAGAGCGCAGCGAUGGGGAUGGUACCUUCCCCUCAGCACCAGGACAAACACACGCUAGCAGCCCACACUCACACACAUUCUGACAUUCAGGCACAGUCACACUCACAAACACACAUUCAAAAUCAGGCUCAUUCUUACAUGCAGGUGCCACCUGCUGAAGUUCUUCACGAGGUCCUCCCUGUACAUCAAAUAAUCGUGAGCCCCUCUCUCACCACGUCUCUCCCAUCAUCACAACCAUCCUCCCAUCCUGUUCCUGCUCCCUCUGCGCCAGAGCUGCCAUCUCCUCCAGCAGCCCAGGUCAACUUACCAGGGCAAGGAAACUUUAUUCCUGCCUCCCCUCCACCUGCUGCCGCGAUACAGCUGCUUAAUUCUCACUCCCCCAAACUGCCCCAAGCCUCGCUGCAAGACUGUGACAUUUCCCAACUGAGCAUUUCUCAGGAUUGUCUACCUCUGUCAAAUACCGAACGCCCUUCCUCAACUGGAUCGGUGCCAACAAAUGGAGAAGAAGCUGUUUUGCUUUUGGCAAAUGGCAAAUUGGAAAAAGUAAAGGGCCAGAGGAGAGCAUCUUCUCUGAAACAUGACAACAAGGUUUCACAUCAAUUUCAACUGAGUAUGCUUCAGGUGUCAGGUAGCGGUGAUAAUAUGGUGGAAUGCCAAUUGGAGACCCAUAGUAACAAAAUGGUGACAUUCAAAUUUGACAUGGAUGGAGAUUCACCGGAGGACAUUGCGGAUUACAUGGUGGAGGAAGUCUUUGUCCUUGAUGUGGAAAAAGAGAAGUUCAUUGAAGAGCUCAGAGCUAUAGUUAAAAAAGCCCAGGAAAUUCUUCAAACACAUUCUCUUACUGGGUCUACCGACCAGUUACAAGUCAGCACUCCCACUAGCACAACAUCCGACUCUGUACCACAUUCCUCGCCGGUGGGACGCUGGCGUUUCUUUAUCAACCAGACCAUUCGCCACAAAGACUCACUCUCUACCCAGGGAACAGCUACAACACCCCCCACUGGAGAAACAAGGACACUCCAACCCCUGAAAACUGAAAAAGAGAAUGAAACCUCUCAGAAUUUGGAGCCCUUCAGCGGAGUGUCCACUCCGUCCCCAGGUUCUACUCUUCUAACCCCUUCGACCACUACUGUGCUUACUUCACACACACUUGAAAGCAGUCAUGAAACUGCUGACCCUCAAACUACUUCAGCUGGUCUCGAUCUGCCAAUCCUCACCUCAAUUUCUGUCGACCAAAGACCCAGUGUGCCGAUAACCACUCCAAUAUCUGUUGUCACCAACCUUACCGCCAUGCCUGCUGCGGCCGUCAUUGCACCCUCCACACCCGCUACGGUUCAGGCGGAUGUCACAGUAAGCCACGUUGGCCUGGAGCACCCUAAGCAGAUUAUUUCCCAGCAGGUUUUGGUAGCCGAGCAACCUCAACAGUUCCUUCAUAAACACCUGGCCCAACAGUCCGAAAUCCCUGCUGAGCUGCCACCAAAGUGGUGCCAGACACAAAAUCCGGAGCGAGAGGAAGUGGCCAGAGCCGCUGAUGUACCUCUGAAACAACAUCCGCUUCCAAAACAAUCCUCGUUACAGCAGUCCGAAUCCGAGGUGUCCACGGGAGAGACAAGUGUGACAGAAGAUGCGGCGCCGUGGCACCCUUCCUCCGACUCGACUUUACCUCCUCUUCAUCUGGGGGCGACAGAAGCCCCCUUGCUCCCUCUGUCCCUCACAUUCACGCCAUCUCCUGCACAGCCUUCCUCGGUGGCCGAGUCGGACAGCGAAGGGCCACCUAAAAUGGAGUUUGGUGAUAACCGGAUGAAGACUCUAGAUGAAAAGCUGAGAAACUUGUUGUAUCAGGAGCACAGUGGCACGUCUCCAAUAGGUGGGGCCACCUCCGCUCUCACGUCGACGGCCUCCACAUCUGCAGGCGCAGAGGAGUCAUCGGAGCCGCAGCCGUUGUCAUACCCGCCGCCUACUUCUGUCUCGGACGCGUCUCCCCUCUCCACGUCCUCCACCACUUCCUCUUCCACCACCACCACCACUGACCCUGAGAGCUGUGAAGGAGCAGAAGAAGGCUCUCCAGAAGUGUUACACUCAGCCGAGCGGCAGCCUUGCGUUAGUGAGCCCUCCACCACAACUCCCGCAUCUCUUUGCUCUGCCAGUCAGGAGAUUCCUGCUGGGCCUCAGCGCCCACCAGUGCCAGGAGAACCAACUAUCCUUGCUGUACCCUCACAGUGUGACAACAGCACCGCCGGAGAAGCAUUGCAGCCCUACCGCCAGCAGAUCCCCCUCCAGCAUGGAGCGCAGCAGCAUAUUGAAGGAGGUGGAUAUUUUGGCCUAAACCUGACAUGUCCUAGUAUCAGAAAUCCUGUUUCUAGCAAGAAAUCCUGGACUCGCAAAUUCAAAAACUGGGCAUGCAAACUGCGCCAUUCCGCCAGCUUGUUCAAGAAGCCCAGAGUCCAGCAAGCCUCGUUAUUAGAUGGACAGUCCGGCAGUCUAUCGUCCAAAGAGGUGAAGGAGAUGGCCCAACCUACACAGUCGCGCAAAGGAAGAUUUCACGUGACCCCUGUGCCUCACGAUACGUCGUCAGGUCAUGGUAGCGCUCAGAGAAAAGUGGGCCGCUUCUCUGUUACAAAGGCUGAUACCCAGGACGAGUUGGGACAGACAGACAGCUCGCCGGUAUCUUCUGUUCAUAUCAGGGAGAGGAGACGUUCUCGAACAAAGGAAGUUGAAAAAGAUGAAGGCAAGAGGACGCUAGCGAUAGCCCAUCUUUCGAGAGCUCACGGGCAGAGUCAUUCACCCAUAGACAGCAGCGACGAUGAUGAUGAUGGUAGCGAGUUGGAGGAUGAAGAUCUGAGGAAAGAACUGCACAAGCUAAGAGAGAAGCACAUCAAAGAAGUGGUUUCGCUUCAGGCCCAGCAGAACCGGGAACUGCAAGAACUGUACAGACAACUACGUUCCCAAAAGGACCAAAGGCAAAGUCUUCCUGCUUGCUUGUCUCGGAGUCCUGCUCUUCCCGCUACGCCCCCACUCCUCUCUCCUCGUAGACCCCGGCCAGCAAAAAUUAAACUCCGACCCCGCCCGCACUCACACAUGGAUAACAACAGCGUCACAAACGCCGCAUUCCAGCAAUCGAGCAGCUUUUCAGGUGCGGAACAGAGUGGUGUGCGUCCUCAUUGGAGCUUAGAGCAUCGCUCCUCACUCCCUGCCAAAAGAGAUCAAAGCCCUGCCAGGAAAAGCACAUUCACAGAACUGCACAAGUUGGUGGAUAAUUGGACAAAUGAGACAGCAGGCCAUACCGUGCCCAAACCGUCUCUCAACGAGAUCAAGCACAUUCAACAGGUGCAGGAGUUGGGAAGCUGGACCCGGCCAACUGAGGUAGUUCCAUCGGUUUGGUUUCCCAUGGUCCCAUUGAACCCACAAGCAGCCUCGGUUGCCGGCAGCUUGUCAGUGGCCGCCCCACCUCAGAACACAGGUGGGAGUAGUCAGUCCAUCACCCCUGGGCAACAAGCGCACGUGGCCCAAUUACCACAGAUGCAGCCCAGUUUACACUUCCAGCAGCAGAUGACCUUUCAGCAGGCCCCGGCUUGCCAGCACGCACAGCAACAACCCGUAUCUCUAGCGCAGAUGCCGGUGGCCGUCCAGCCGCCCGCCUUGUCGCCUCAAAGCCAACCGCCGCUGCCUUCACAUGCCGCCGCAUCCCCGGCGGCCACUGCCGUGUCUGUGCCGUUCGCGCGCGCUCCCUCUACACCCACAGUAGCCAGCGUGGGGGCAUUUUGUUCUUGUUCCUCCUCAUCGUCAACCUGCUGCUCCUCCUCCUCCUGUUUGAAAGCUGCUGUACCUUCCAGUGCCAAAAGUCACCCGACAGACACUUCCCGCCUCCACGCUUCCUCUGGGACAGAAAUGAAACCAAGGUUAGUGUAAUUAUGGAAAAGAAAAAAGAUGCCACAAAAGGGGAAAGAAAGAGCAGGAAGAAGCACAGAUCAAUAGUUGGCUGGAUUUACACUAUAGUAAUGUUAGUGACUGACCUUUGUCGCAAGUAGGAAUCCCAGGAGCCCCACCCACGUGCAACCGACAUCCAAAAAAGAGAAUCCACAAGGAGAAUUCUAACAUAAAGUGGAAUGCCAUCGACGGGCAAAUGGAAAUUAGCUUAAAAUAUACAGAAAUAUAUGAUCCCCAAAGAGCUUUCGUUUUAAACUCAUGUUACACAAUUUCUUUUAAAAAAAAUACACUACACUAAUUAGCUUGCAGAGAGGCUGAAAGUAGUUCUUCUCUGACUUAAAAAGCUUGUUUCUCAGUUGAGAUGUGACACUUUUUUAUUUAUUGUGCUACUUUUCUAUUAAGAAUGGGCUUUUGUGGCCAUUUCCAAAUGUGGCUACUAUCAGAUAUGAAUAACUGCCAAUCCUACUAAAAGCUAUCCAACAUUUAAGAUCUGUGUUACUUGUAUUUGUUUGUUUUCCUGAAUGUUUUUGCCACAAUAGGUCAAAUAAAAAAAAAUUUUUUUUUGUUUCUUUCUUUCUUUUUUUCUUUUUUUUUUUACACUUUAUUGGCACUAAAUUGGACCUGCAAUGUAAAUCCAGUCUUUGAUAGUAAGCGUAUAAGGAGGUUUGACUGCAACGAAUGACGUAAUGGUUCGUGAACGUGAAAUUCGAGAGUUUCUAGUAUGUACAGAUUGAAAGUGACAUUGAACGCAUCACCUGAGCUUUGUGAAUACUGGUAUGCAUGUUUUUUUUUUUUUAUGUGGUAUGUUUGUGUACAGAGAUUGGCAGCAAAUUUGCAACAUAUCUUGGACAUUUAUUUCCAUAGCAAAACAUCUCCAUCUCACCUAGCGAAAUGGACUGAAUGUUUUGUUUCCAGUUGUCAAUGCUUGCCAUCAAAGGACUAUCAAUUUUGAAAGUGCAAUUAGUAAUGAUCAUGGAACUUGAUCAGCAUGUAUUGUAAUGAUUUGUCUAUGUGUCAGAAAAUAUUUUUGUAUAAACAAAAUGAUGAAACUCGUUGAGGAUCUUUUUAAACGGUUGGCUUUAAGCACAAGCUGCUUCAGUGGACCAUAUAAAAAAAUAUAUAUAAUUCAAUUAAAACGCUGAUUCCAGUAUAGAUGGUAGAUGGACAACUCCGAUUUACCAAAAGCAACAAUGAAGGAUUUCUGCUGUGUGAUGCAUAAUCCCAUGGCCACCCUAUCACUAAGUAGACUUUAAAUUAAUUACAACCUCUGAUAAUUAUUCAUGUUCAUUUAAGUGCUAAUAAUUGUUUUUGCGUGUAAAUUUAUGACAUUUUCAUUUUCUUCUAGCAAAGUUUGGGAAAACAUGUUAAUAAAGUCAUUUCUUAUGGUUUUGGAGCAAUGAGUGAUGCAGUAAAUUAAAAAAAAAAAAAAAGGAAAAAAAAGUGACUAAACAGUGUGAAUGGCGGAGAGUCAUCUGCCUGCACUAAAAUUUGUAGGUGAUGCGCUUCCUUCUGCGUCGUACUAUUACUUGUAACGAACGAGGUUUUCAAAUAUGUCCAACCAUUAUAGUUAUACUCACAAAAAAAAUCUAUAUUUUUAAUUCUUGUGGCAAAAUGUCACCUGAGAAUGAUGUCCUAAUAUUUUUUACAGUUUAAAUGUCAUUACAUUGGUUUUCAGGCUAUUUCAACACUUUAAUUUGGUCGAAAAUGUGAAAUAACAGAUGUGGACACAGAUCAAUCAAAAUUAAGAUAUUUGCUUCUUCUGCUCAGUCUGUAAAUCCUUGAAACGGUAAUUGUUUUCUCACGCUGCUAAUUGAGUGUAACCAUAUGAGGAUCACUUCUCAGUGUAAUAUACUACAGUGUACGACCCAUGCAGUGACAUCUUGAAGUUGGACUAUACAUUAUCCCAUUGAGAAGAGUAGAAUUGUAAUAAUUCAGUUGAGUCAAAACCUAGAAUUUUCUCAAAUACAGUAUCGUCCAAAAAGGUGGAAACCAACUGCCAAGUUAUUAUUGUAUUUUUUCUAUAUUUGACAUAGAAUAAAUAAUUCACACAUUCAAGUAUGCUGCUUGAAAGUGAUCUGUGUAUUUGACCACAAACUGUCAUAAAAUGAUCUGUGACUGUAAGAGGUUCAUAGAAGACAGCGACAGCCCUGUGUUAUGCAGUGAUCAUCUUUCCUACUUUAUACAGUUCAAGCAGCCACAUUGACUGGCUAAGCAGCUCACUUAGCCCUGCACGAUGGUCAAGGUUCAACAUAUUUGCUGUGUUUCUGGACUUUUUCUACUGCAUCUGAGGUCAAACAAAUAAUGAUCAGUUACAGUAGUUGGAGUUACUUUUGGCCUCGUUUAGAAUACUGUAUACCAGUGAUAUUCUGGAACAUUUGCUGUAAUGUCUGAUACGAACCUGUUGACCACAAGCUUGUUUAUCAUGUUUUAUUAUGUGAAGCUGGCUUUGUGUUACCAAAAUCUUAAGGUAAAAAAGAAAGAUUAUUUUUGUACUUUGAAACAGAGAUGCUUCAUUGUAAUAAUAUGACCCGAAUAAAACAAAACACUGGUUCUCAAACUUGUUUCCAUAGGACUUGCCUUGUUUCUAUACAGUAGCCUAUACCUCUUUGUGUCCUGAAACAAAACCAUUUGCCAGUCUUAUGCCUUUUGCAUUUAUUUUUUCGAAACUGAAUCAUACUGUAUAAGUCAUAUACAAUACAACUCUUUAUCGCUGGCUUUAUGCAAUUUCCGGAUAAGAUGCCAAGAAGGGAGUCACUUUAAGGCAUGACUGAGAACCACCGAUUGGAAAAACACAUUUGGGAAAUCCUAAAAAUACCAAGUAUGAUGCUAAUGAUUUCCCAUCCGUUCAUUGUAACACAGUAGUUUGCUUUUGUUUUGUAACUAAUCCAAAUAAAAGAUAUUCAACAUCAACACUAUUUUCUGUG